AUGGCCACAUUUCCCAUCCAUACUCAUGACCAAAAGGCAGUGUUGGGUGUGGCCUUCUCUUUCUUGUUUCUCGCUGUCCUCGCCGUUAUCUUACGAUUGAUUGCUCAAAAGAUCGCCCACAAAAGAUGGACACCAGCUGACUAUCUCAUCAUCGCCGCCUGUAUCUUUGCCGUUGGCUUGCAAGCAAUCAGUAUCACCGGUGUCUGCCACGCCGGCAUUGGCUACGGCCACGUAAAAGACAUCGCAAUGGUAUACGGUCUUGAACCUGUCACCAAGCUCUCGCAGAUCAUUAUACCCUUGCAGUUUCUGUGGGUCCUCAGCCUCAGUUGCACCAAGAUAUCGAUUCUUUACUUGUAUAUCUUGAUCUUCCCGAUUCGAUGGGUUGUGUGGGGUUCCUACGUGACCAUGUCCAUCAUUGUUGCUUGGACAAUCGGGUCCAUUCUCGCUGGUUGCCUAAUCUGCCAGCCUAUUGAGUUCAAUUGGGAUAGAACUAUUCCUGGAGGAAGUUGCGGCGAUCAGUUCAUGUCGUUCACGAUUAGUGGGGUCAUCAACGUCAUUACCGACGUGAUGGUGCUUCUCUUGCCCAUGCACGCUCUGUAUCACCUGCAGAUGGUGACUUACAAGAAAGUGAACUUUGUCACCGUUUUUGGUCUGGGUAUCUUCACGUGCAUCGUCAGCGCCCUCCGCAUCCCCAUCCUGUCCAGUAUGGAUUUCGCAGAUAUUACCUUUACGAUCCCGAAAGCCAACCUUCUCAGCUGUCUUGAGCCCUGCCUUGCUGUCAUACUCGCCUGUGUUCCUUUAAUGCAUCCGCUCCUUGGCCGGUCUGCAUCCACACCUUAUGGGUCGGGCAAGAGGUCUGCGAAUACUGAGCCAAAGUCCGCUAGUGCGAGGGCGGUGACCGACGAUGGGUUCGAGCGACUAAACGACGAUACUAGCCACCUGUGGCUCAGACCGAUAGGGCAGCAGUAUCGUGUUGAUGCUUCGGAUUUACAAGAAACGAUCCGUGGAGAUGCAAUCGAGGGAGAUCAAGAAUCGCUUGAUAGGUAUGAGAGGAAUAAUGGUAUGAACGGCUGA